AUGUCUUCUUCGACUUGCAAGCAGAACCACACUCGCGCGGAGAUUGAUACCAACAAAGCUAUCACGGCGUCCAAGAAGGCGGAGAAGGCCCAAAAGGCCACGCAGAAGUUGGAGGCUCAAAGGCAGAAGCGGUCUGCCAAGGAGGCCCGCACGGCGUUGAAGGGUUUGGCUGCAACAACUCCAACACCAAGAUUAAGAUCCAUAGGCGAUUCCAUUUCUGAGAAGUCUAAUUCACCCGCACCGGACAUCAGCUGGCAAUGUCAGAACCAUAUCACAUCAAUGUCCCCCACCCCCCAUCAUGCCAAGAUGGUUACACAUCUUUCGUUAACCAGAACCACCAGUUCCAAACUGGUACAUAUUUAA